AUGAAUGCAAAACUUCUGUCUACAGUUAUUUUCAUAUUGUUUCUAAUUAAUCGAACAACAUUUGCUGAUCAAAGUAAAUCUGUAAUUGCUUUUGAACCAACUUAUCUAAGCAUUACAGUUGGUGAAUCGCAUUCAGUGAAUGUUCGUCUCCUCGUGCCAGAUAUAAUUCCACCCAAUGUCUUCAUUGAAUUACUUUACGAUAAUAAACUUACGGAUACUCAAGGUUAUGUCAAUGUUCUACCAAAUAUAACAUUCACACAACAGACAAGUAUUGAUCAAAGUCGAGUAAUUGUAAUACAUGCACUUCGCAAUGGUCAUCUUGUUGUAACAGGACAAUCGCCACAAAUAAAUAUAUCAUCCAUGUCUGAUUUUCUUCUUAUUGAUAUAGCACGUAGUAAUGCAUUAAAUGUGUUAAUACAAAUUGUUGGUUGGAUUUAUUUCGUUGCAUGGUCUAUAUCAUUUUAUCCUCAAAUUAUAUUGAAUUUUCGUCGUCAAAGUGUUAUUGGACUUAAUUUUGAUUUUUUAGCCUUAAAUCUACUUGGUCAUUCAUGUUAUUCAAUAUUUAAUAUAUGUUUAUAUACAUCACAUGAUAUACAGCGGCAAUAUUAUGCUAAACAUCCACAUGGAGUUUUGCCUGUAUUACUGAAUGAUGUUUUAUUCAGUAUUCAUGCUGUAUUUGCAUGUUUCAUAACUGUUGGCCAAUGCGUAUUUUUUGAACGUGGUAAACAACGUAUAUCCUAUAUUGCUCGAAUUAUUGGUAGCAUAUUAAUUAUUUUUUUAUUUAUAUCAACAAUUGUCGCUCUUACAAAUCGUUUGUCAACAUUGAAUUUACUCUAUUUUUAUUCCUAUGUUAAAUUAGUCAUAACAACUAUUAAAUAUCUUCCACAAGCUUGGAUGAAUUAUAAACGAAAAUCUACCGAAGGCUGGUCUAUUGGAAAUAUUCUACUAGAUUUUACUGGUGGCACAUUAAGUGUAUUACAAAUGUUUCUUCUUGCAGCAAAUUAUAAUGAUUGGUCAUCUAUAUUUGGUUCUCCAACAAAAUUUGCUCUUGGAUUAUUUUCCGUGUUGUUCGACAUUGUAUUUAUUGUUCAACAUUAUAUACUCUAUCGUACAAAUACGUUCAUUGUAAGCAGAACUAGUCUUUCAACCAGCAAUGCAGACGAAUACACACCUAUUUUACAUCGGCAAUCAUAA